CCACCAAAACAAAGCCGCAAACUACUCCCCCAAGUCGCGAUCCACGCGUGUUACCACACUAAACAUUCCUUCGAUCCCACUGGUCACGCGUCCUCUAUCAGCAUCCUGGCUCACUAAACCUUUCUAAACCAUGGAGGAGCAACUGGUUCGCGUCCUUGCCGAGACGCAGUCUCCCCACGAGGGUCCCCGCAAACAGGCCGAACUGCAGAUUCUACAAUCCUAUACCAAUCCUGCCUUUCCACUGUCGCUCAUCAGCAUCGCUUCACACGACAGUGUGCACAUCGGUAUCCGCCAGUCCGCUCUGUUGACGCUCAGGGCGUUUGUGCUUGCUGGCUGGUCGGCCGGUCUGGACGAGUUCAAGGGCCAAGUGCUGGUCGAUGAUGAGAGCAAGAUACGGAUCCGACAGUCCUUACUAGAGCUUGCGACAAGCCCGACCGCGGAUAGGAAGAUCAAGGCCGUUGCUAGCUAUGUCGUCAGCAAGAUUGCCAGCGCCGACUACCCAGACGAGUGGCCCGACCUGCUGCCCACCCUGCUCCACCUCAUCCCUACCGCGAACGAUUCACAACUACAUGGCGCGCUAAAAGUAUUGGGUGAUAUGGUCGACGAGAGUCUCAGCGAUGACCAAUUCUUCGCUGUGGCCAGGGAUCUGAUCACCGCCAUCCAUGCCGUCGUGGCUGAUGAGAGUAAGAAGAACAUGCUGAGGGCAUUGGCUGUCAACGUUCUGCGCGGAUGCUUUGACUCCCUGGAGAUUGUGGCCGAAGAUAACAAGGCGGCGGUCAGAUCCUUUGCUGACGAAGUCCUGGCUGCGUGGCUGCCCUUCUUCCUCGAUGUCAUGAAGUCUAAAUUGCCGGAACCUCCUUCGGAAAAGGACGAGGAGUCGGAAACUCCUGCAGCUGAAGCAUACCGCGGCUUAUUGGCUUUGAAACUACAGGUGGUGAAGUGUUUGAUGCGCAUCAGGUCUGCUUUCUCCUUCCUUCUAGCCCAAUACAGCACGGCUUUGUUCUCCGCAACAUGGGACGAACUCUCAUCGAUCCAGGCUGCGUAUCACCAUAUGUACAUCUACGAUGAGCGCCAAAGCAGAUUAGAAGAUUCGGACGGUCUACCUUACACUCUGGACUUUCUUGUCCUCGAAGAGCUGGAUUUCAUGCAGGCAUGUCUGCGUGCUGCACCAGUCCGCAAGGAGUUGGAGAAACAAUUGCAGAGCAACGCGAAUUGGGUCACUGAAUUCUUGAAGCUCUCCGUUGCUUUCGCGCAGAUCACCACUGAGGAGGAGGGGUUGUGGAACAUUGAUGUAAACAUUUUCCUAUCUGAGGAGACCAGUGUCACUGCGAACUACACGCCCAGAACAGGAUGUGGCGACCUCGUAAUCAAGUUGGGCGAGUGGUUGAAUGAUCCCACCAUACAAGGUCUUCUCUCGUACACACAGACCCUCUACUCCUCAACGGAGUCGUGGAAAGCCAAAGAGUCCGCUCUCUUCAUACUGGGACAAUUCCUGGGCGACUAUCAAGACAGAGACCGGUUCUUGAACUUUGAAGUCGGCAAUGGCUUCAUCGAUUACGUCAAGUAUGCAAUGCAGCAGCCCGAAGAGUUCUUGAGAGCUCGUGGCUACCUUGUGGCUGGAAGUCUGGUCCGAAGUACAUCACAGGGGCUGGGCCAGAUUGGCGUUGAGUUCCUCGAGGCUACGAUCCGGGCGAUCAAUAGUGACGACUCCGAGGUCGUCAAAGUCUCCUGCAUUCGAGCUAUGCAACACUACAUUCAGACUCUAGACCGCAGCGUUACCGCUCCGUUGCAGGAGGCAAUGAUUGCGGCUUUGUCCAACUAUAUCUCAGCACAUGAUAUGGCAGACAUGGCAGAAAGUGAAGAUCUCCUCGUCACUUUUGUUGAGAGUCUCAGGGAUGCGAUUCUAUUGGAUAUCCGUGUUUGUUUUACCGGAAACGGUCUCGACCUCCUUUUUACGGUUGCAAGCCAAGGGUCUCAUUUCCACCUUGAAGAGAUUGUCAACGACACAUUCGAUGACGUUGUCAACCAGACCGCGCUUCUCGGCCCGGACGCGUACACUCAGCUAUGCCAUAAAGUCCUCCCAACAAUCAAUGGAGCUUUCGAUGUAGGUACGCUGAUAGAAGAAAGUACUUUGACAAACCUCGCCGCCAGUCUUCUUGCUACCCUCGCUGAACAUGGCUCGGAACCACUUCCGCAAGGAUUUGUCGCUGCAAUCAUGCCAAAACUACACAGGCUCCUACUUGGCUCAAAUGACGACGAGUUACUCAAAGCUGCGACUCUCGCUGUCAAGAACAUGAUCAUACAUGACUACAAGCAGCUGUUCGAAUGGCACGAUGAGUCCGGUAAGGGCGGUCUGGAAGUAGUGCUGAUCAUUAUUGAUCGCCUACUGGGCCCUGAUGUAGAUGACAAUGCGGCCGCAGAGGUUGGUGCUUUGGCUGCAGAAGUUGUAGAGAAGGCAGGCUCAGAGAGACUUGGUCCAUUCCUGGAACAGCUAUUGAAGGCUGUCGCUAUACGACUGGGAAGCGCCUCAAAGAUCCAGCUUAUUCAAAGUCUGACCCUGGUGUUUGCACGCUUGUCUUUGGUCAGUGCCAAAGAGGUAGUGGACUUUCUAGCACAGGUUGAGAUACAAACGGAGCAAGGGCCGCAGACGGGGCUCCAGACGGUUCUUGCCAAGUGGCUAGAGAACUCGAUCCACUUUGUGGGAUACGACGAGAUUCGACAGAAUGUCAUUGCUCUAUCGAAGCUGUAUGAGCUUGAGGAUGCCAGACUGUCGCAGGUACAGGUUAAAGGCGAUCUUAUCGUUCCCACCAGCGACCGCAUCAUGACUCGGUCGCGUGCAAAGCAAAGUAGGUACUUUUCUCGAUCUCCUGUCUACCGUGACUUUCUAGCUGCGCAAAAUGCACAAUAUGGCAGCAACAACAAUUCUACACCGUCGUUGUUGUCGCCCACUUCUUCUUCAAGCUUUCCGUCUAGCUACCCGGCUUCUAUGUAUUCUGCGAGCACUCCAAACACACCAGACUUUCCUAAUACGCCACUUUCAACAUCCUCAUUUCCUUCGAAUGUCUUCAGCUUUAGCGAUGAGAUUCCGUGUACCAACAACGAUUCAGAUCCAGACCAAUUCGCCAUCAUUCCCGCCCCCCUCAAGAUUCUCAAAGUCCUUGUCCAAGAGCUUCUCUCGGCUUCUGGCAUGGCUAGCCACCUCGAUGGCAGCAAUGCACAGGAGGCCGCUGAUGAUGAAGCUGACGACGACGAUGGAUGGGAAGAUGACGACGUUAUCGAUCUUGGCCUGGGAAUGACGAAACAAGACCUUAUGGGCUACGACACCGACGCAGCGACUCGCGGAAAGGACGAUGAGACGCAGACAUAUCUUCUUCAAUUCUUCCAAGGCGCCUCGACGAAGCCUGGAUUUGAUGACUUGUUCAACGCGUUGACGCCCGAGGAACAACAGAAGCUGAGGGCUAUGAGCUCAGCACAAUAGACUUUCGAUCUUACGACAGUGGAGGAUAAAGGUAGAGUCGGAUUGAAAGGUCUAGUCGGUGAUUAACCAUAGAAUUUAGCGCGCAUCCUGGGAGAUAGUACAAGGCUUCAUCAGUGGGAGCGGAAGGUAGACUGAAUGCAUAUACUCUAUUUGGAACGCAGCAUUCUGUCAAUAAGACCUCCGCAAGUAGACCGAUCUGUAUGAGUUAAGGUAUGUAUGGCUGUUGGUGAUGGAUGAAAUGUAUGAGUGUUCACACGCACUAUCAUAUGUACAAACACCACUCUCUGUUUUCGAAUAAUUCCUCUCUCGCUUCAAAACAUGAAGUACACAUGGCGUCACCGAAUACCAGUAUCGGUGGCAUGAUCACAACUUAGUAGCACAAUCAGUAAAGCAGACGCG